CCAAAUCGAUUAAUAUCACCUGCAACAUUGCUACGCAUACGUCGAGGCAAUAGCUACGAGAUGGCAACAUUACUGUGCAGUAUGCUUGUCGGGGCUGGAUUUGACGCUUUUGUGGUUUCGGGAAUUGCCAGAACGAAAGUAGUUGACAAUGACCAACGUAGUGUACCGUUUCCGGGAGAUAUAUACAAUAUGGAUAGCGACGAAAAUGCAAAAAGUGAACCUACUAUCGGUGAUAAAUUCCGUCUAGGUGGUAUGCCUGAUUUGCAAAGCCAUUUGGAGAACAAUAUAGCAGAAAUUAUUAAACAAAAAGAAAAUGAAAAGCGACACCAAGAAACAUUAAAACGUGAAGAAGAGGAUUUAAAGCAGCAAGACGUGGAUAGAUUUCGCUACCGUAAACCACAUGCAUGGGUAGCAAUUUUUACAAACGGAAACAAAAAUGUGAUGGAGCAAAAAGAUGAUGAGGCUAGUACGGCCAACACUACUAAGGUGGAGUUUAUUGAGCCCUCUACAGGGUUUUUCGUUAGUAGUAACUGCAUGGACUAUACUUUGAUUGACAGCGUGUGGAAUCAGAGCCAAUAUUAUGUGAAUAAACAGGUAUAUGUUCGAGUUGGUGAGGUUCGGUGGGAUUUACAAAAUUUGGAGGAUUGGGAGCACUUUCUACCGGGCGAAAAUCGAAUAGGAAACCCCGUAGACUAUGAUUCUGACAUAAUGGCUGAAAAACACUUGAACACAGUUCCAUCGUGGGUUUCUAAGCUACACAUCGACGAACGAGAAUACGAAGAACGAUUUUCACAGCGUCAGAAAACCAUACUCUAUGAAAGGGUUGAACAUCAGCGCUUUUCACCCUUCUUUAACAAAGAUGGAAGAGUAAUGCAAUUGACGCUUUACGAAGAUGACACAUACGCAGAUCCAAUUAUGGAUUGGGUUUAUUUUGAAAAUCGUGCCGAUAUGUUGUUGAAGGUUGAAAGAAACUACAAAACUUCUGUUAUUAAAGAAGUCUUCGGAAAGGGGCGUAAAGAUAACUUGUUGGAAAUUAUAUCCAGUAUGGAUUUAAAUAAUCCUAAAAAAUUGUAUUUCGCCCCUAAUGUUCGACGUGAUUCUAUGGAAUUUCUUAUAGUUGAACCAGAUCGUAUAAUUGUAAAAAGUAAGGAUCGAAGGGACAGGUGUUUCUAUCAGGAAUUCGAAUUUAAACCGGGAGGAGAUGUACUAAAGAAAAUUGUACAAAAAUUCGAACGUAAUAAUUCCCUAUCCCCUGGAAAGGAUAUUGCCGAACGCACAUUCUUGCUGUUGCAACAAAGAAUACUUUUGAAGUUCCACUACCCUCCAGGAGCGUUAACGGCAUCAACAUGUGAGCUAAAGAAGCCGCCCAAACCAGAUUAUGGCCAAGAAGUGAUCUACGACAAGACAUUGACUAAGAUAUUUAAGGCCAGUAGCGAAGAACCAGAGCCUUUACAACUGGAAAUGUACCAACUUAUUAUGGAACAACUGCAAUGUGAGGAGAUGGCUAAAAAGAAUUUUAAGAAGUUGUCUGAAGAAAUUAGUACCAUUUUAGAUAAUCGUCGAAAUGAAAUGGAAAAUCCAAUACUACAAUUUAGACUAUUCGAUUCAAUGCGAAACGGUGCAGCCAGAUCAAAUUACUUAAAGCAGGUAUGA